UUAUAGAAAAGGAAGAAGUUUCCGCCACUGGCGGAAAAGCAACCUCCAUCCUCUCCGCCGCUCUCGCUCCGCGGCCGCGCAACUGCGCAACAUGGCGAACGCCGCCUCUCCGGCGCCUCACCCAACGCCGCCGCAGCCGCCGCCGCAGGCACCCACUGACCCGAAGAGGGCGCUGACCGUCAACGCGCUCCGCCUGAAAGCGAUUGGCGAACGCCUCAGGGACCACCUGAGCGGCAUGUCCAUCCUCCCCGUCGGCGAGUUCGUCCACCUCACCUACGCCUUCGCCAGAGGGAUCGACUUCGCGGUCUCGGCUGGUGAUAUUCCUGUGGUGGCCAAUGAGAUACCCGCCAUUUUGAGAAAGAUAUAUGAGCUGAGGAAAGAAACAUUUAUACAAUCUUCGCUUAUGGUACUAGUGAUAUCGUGCAAGAAUGCUUGCUCCAAGAAAUGGUUUCAACCUACAGAUUCCAGUGACAUUCUCAGAAUAGCUAAUGAGCUCUCUGGUAACUUCUGCACAUCCUCUGGCCAGGCAGCUAGUGACAGCGCUGUGCUUGAAAUUAUAUCACAAAUAAUGCCAAGGUAUUAUCCAUGGUUGAAGUUUGGGCGUCUAAUCACUUCUAUUGAAGCAAAGGUUGGCUAUGAUGUAUUAAUGUCUGACUUCUUUAUUGAGAGGAACCUAUCUCGAGAUGAAAAGAUUAGACUAAUUGUUGUACAAAAGGAAAAUUUAGAUGCCUCGACAUGUGUCACAAGCCCACCACAUCUUUUUGGUCAAUGGAAAGGGUGUGGACAAGAGGACUAAUGUUUCAAUGGACCUAGGACCCCAGUUCCCUUCUGAUAUCACCAAAAUGCUCAAAUAUGGGGCAAACAUUAUCCAAGCUGUUGGAUAUUUUAAUGCUAAUUAUAUCAUAGCUGUAGCAUUUAUAAACAAUGUGGCAUCCUUCAGUGCUCCAAAACUGGA